AUGCCUAAACAUAAUCCAAUAUAUACACCAAGGGUAUAGAUAAAUAUUAACAUUAGUUUGAUGAAGUAUUGACUGAAUUGGUUGGUACACUUGGAGAAGCAAAAUGGGCUGAAAUUACUAGAUAAAUGAAAACAAUUUAUGGUCUUUCUAUACCCCAUAAACCUAUGGUAUAAGCUAGAUGGAGAGCAAUAGAUCCAAAAAUUAAUAGACAAAUAUUUUCAGCAGAAGAAACAGUUACACAUUGGCAUAUUUGUGUAAAAUAUAAAUGUCAUUGGGAUGCAGUUAAAGCUGAAUAUGAAGCAAUAGGUUAAAUUAGAGAUAAAUGUUUUUUGAGUUAGAAAUUCUAUGCUCAUUUUUAAUUUAAAUUAGUUGAUUUAAAUAGAAUGAUGGGUAAAAUGGUUGCUUAUAAUCAACCUAAGAUUGAAAAUAUGAGAGAUACUACAAAAAAAAGAAUUUUGGAAAUUAAUGCAAGAGAACCUUCUAGUGUUAAAGAUUAAUCUGCAAGAGAAAUAAUAUAAAGUUGUUAAAUGCUUAUUAAAUUAUUGACUUAUGUAGUAGAUAAUCAUAAAGAAGAUUAUAAAGUAAUAACAGAAGAAUUAAAAAAGAUGAUUACACCAGAAAAGUUUGCUAGAGUUCUUUAAAACAUAUUUAUUAUUGAUUUAAUUGUAUUGAUAGCUUGUAAUGAAUUAAAACCAUCUGAUGAAACUCCAGAUUUUAUUAAAAUGGAUGAAAGAAAAAAAAUAAAAUAUAAAAAACCAACUAAAGUUAAAAGAUGGGAUGAAGCACUUUUAUUAAGUUCAAGUCCAGAAAAUACAGAAGAUGAAGAUGUAUUAAGAACUGAAUAAGANCUAUUAAUGCAGCUACAGCAUCGUUGUAAGAAUUGAGAGAAUUAUAUGAGACUGAAUUGAAUAGAAGAAAUGGUAAGUAUAUCAAGAUUAUUUUAUAGAGGAGAAUGCUAUAAUAGAUGAAGUUAUUCAUAUUUUCAAAUAAUAAGUAUUGGAAAUGGCUAAUUAAACUUCUUUUGGAAAGAAAUGAAUAAUAUAAAUAUUAUAUAUUAAUAUUAAAAAAUAAGAGAAAAAUAUUAAAAGACAUUUUACAUAAUCAUUGCAUUAAUUUGGGUUAAUUGCAAACUCAAUCAAUGGCCUGUUUAGUAUAAUAAAAUUAUUUUAUUAUAUGCCUAAACAUAAUCCAAUAUAUACACCAAGGGUAUAGAUAAAUAUUAACAUUAGUUUGAUGAAGUAUUGACUGAAUUGGUUGGUACACUUGGAGAAGCAAAAUGGGCUGAAAUUACUAGAUAAAUGAAAACAAUUUAUGGUCUUUCUAUACCCCAUAAACCUAUGGUAUAAGCUAGAUGGAGAGCAAUAGAUCCAAAAAUUAAUAGACAAAUAUUUUCAGCAGAAGAAACAGUUACACAUUGGCAUAUUUGUGUAAAAUAUAAAUGUCAUUGGGAUGCAGUUAAAGCUGAAUAUGAAGCAAUAGGUUAAAUUAGAGAUAAAUGUUUUUUGAGUUAGAAAUUCUAUGCUCAUUUUUAAUUUAAAUUAGUUGAUUUAAAUAGAAUGAUGGGUAAAAUGGUUGCUUAUAAUCAACCUAAGAUUGAAAAUAUGAGAGAUACUACAAAAAAAAGAAUUUUGGAAAUUAAUGCAAGAGAACCUUCUAGUGUUAAAGAUUAAUCUGCAAGAGAAAUAAUAUAAAGUUGUUAAAUGCUUAUUAAAUUAUUGACUUAUGUAGUAGAUAAUCAUAAAGAAGAUUAUAAAGUAAUAACAGAAGAAUUAAAAAAGAUGAUUACACCAGAAAAGUUUGCUAGAGUUCUUUAAAACAUAUUUAUUAUUGAUUUAAUUGUAUUGAUAGCUUGUAAUGAAUUAAAACCAUCUGAUGAAACUCCAGAUUUUAUUAAAAUGGAUGAAAGAAAAAAAAUAAAAUAUAAAAAACCAACUAAAGUUAAAAGAUGGGAUGAAGCACUUUUAUUAAGUUCAAGUCCAGAAAAUACUGAAGAUGAAGAUGUAUUAAGAACUGAAUAAGAAAUUAAUAAAGUAACUGGUGGAACUAAUUUUACAAAAGCUGAUAUGGAAGAAAUUAAAUAGAGUCCAAUUUAUUGUGUUUGCAAUACUGAUUAAAAUCAAACAUUUUAUGAUUGGUAUAAUGAAGCUAAAAUUUAGAAAGCAACUUUAAAAACAGAUUUAUUAGUUGAUGUAAUGGAUGUUAUGAACAAUACAGAUAAAUAGAAAUCUGAAAAAAGUAAACCUGUUUAAAAAAGAACAGCUUAAUUAGCAAAGAAAUAAAUGAAAUUAAUAGAGAAAAAGAAAAAUGAACUAAUGAAAUAAGAUAAAGAUGAUAAAAUUAAAACUGUGAGAGGAAAAAUCAAAAUUGAUAAAGAAGUAUUCCCUGGUUGUUAUACUAAAUUCUUUGACAAAGAAGAUGAAGAUGAUUAUGAAGAUAGUCAAGAUAAUCCAAUAUAUUCAGCCAUUGAUGCAGAUCAAAUUUAUUAAAUUAUUAUGCAACAGAAAUAAGCACAAGAUAAUUGA